CGACUGAGGAGAGGACCAUUCGGGCAACAUGAACACGAACGCUGCAACUGCCUUAUUUGGAUCGUGUCUAAUAGUAUUGCUGCUUGAUGCAGCUUCCGCCAUCCGAUGUAGUGUGUGCCAGGCCACCGUGGACCGGAACGGGGAAUGGUCUGACGACGCUGAAUGCAUGUACUACCCUCCGUCAGGCAUCGAAUGCGGAAGCGACCGAUACACGGAUUGUGUUACUACGCUGAACUUUGAACAAAGCGUUCUGCGUGCCGUGACCAGGGACUGCGAACAGAGGAACUACAAGGGCUGUAUUACAACAACCCCUGACCAACCACCCGUCCCUGGCCCUAGGACCGCCCAUCUUACAACCUCAAAGACCUGCUUCUGGACCUGCGGAACCGACGACUGCAACUUCAUGCCUUUAUAACAAACCGAAUCGUGUUUUCCCAAUGUUGAUUGGCUUAUCAUCAUCACAGUCCUGGUGAAACAGAAUAUGUUCCCCUGAUUGGCUGAUGAGGAUCGUGCUAAAAUGUCAGCCCUGGAACUUCCGGAACGAAAAUGGACUUUCUUCAAAGAAA